GCGGCGAGGGCGGGUCGGCCUCCUCUAAAUAUUUCUUAUAUAUAUUUAAUAUAUAAAUAUACAUAUAUAUUAAAAUUACACCAUCUAAAUAUUGAUAAAUACCUUAAUAUAUGAACAUUCAUAUAUAUUUAAAAAAAAAAUUUUAAUCUCAAGCUUGAAAAAUUCUUUUUUUUUUCAAUCAUAAAAUAUAUGAGUGAUAUUUUUAUAUUAUUAUUAAUUAUCAGUCAUUAUUAAUAAUAAUAAGUGUGUAAUUAACGAGUAUUAAUCGAUAGUAUUAAUUAAAAAUAAAAAAUAUAUAUAAUUAAUAUUAUUUUAAUUAAGGGAGUGACGUAAUAAAUUAAUUAUUAUUUUUAUUAAUAAAGGGAGUGAAGAAAAAAUUUUUUUUUACUGGGUUAUGACUUAAAUUAUUUUAUUUUAAUUAUUAUUAUUAAUUAAAAAUUUUUUGAGCUAACCCGCGACCAAAUCGUCCCCACCUCGCAUCAGUUAUGGAGUGUCCUGGGCCAGUUGAAAGUGGCCGGAACUUUCGUCUACUCUCAGAAGAAGAGUUACCUCAGCUUCUAGAGUUCCUCAAUGGCUACUUACCCGAGUCUCUUAAGUUCCACCAGACAGUAUUGACGUACAUUAACAAUAAAGUAUGGGAUUUUUAUUUUUAUGUCGCUAACGAUUGGCCUGAGGUGCCAGUAUGCUUACACUUUCCUGGUAUGACACUAUCGCCUCACGGUUUACUGUACGAGAGUUUUGGCGUUUAUUGUCCAACAGAUAAAUUAGAUAAUUUAUCACUAUUACGUGAUGAAGACAUACUCAUUGAUUGGACAAAGCCAUUAUAUAUAAAUUUCAUUCAUUGUGAUAUUGCUGAUGAAUUAUUUCGUCUUUACAACGAUAUUGGUACAAUUGAACGUGUAUUGGGCGACGUAUGGGCGUACAAAAAAUUUGACAGUGAAGACAAUGACGAUGAAUCGACGUCUUUAAUGAAUGAAUCUGAUGAAAAAUUAGAUAAUCAACAGGAACUUAAACAAUCGGAUGAACAAACAGAUAUUGUUGAAGUAUUGCCAUUGAAUAGUGAACACGCUGAAGGAAUACACGAAUUAUAUCCGGCCAAUGAUAUGGAAUGUCAUGAAUUAUUUCUCAGGCUUAUUAGAAUCCUUCCAGCAGGUGGCGUUUUUGUAAACAAUAUUCUCGCUGCUUGGAUGAUACAAUCUUAUUAUGGUGCUAUGUUUUCCAUGCAAACUAAACCGGAAUAUCGGCGUAAGGGUUACGGUACACGAUUAGCGAGGUUUCUAACAAAAGUAGUAUCCGAUCGCGGUUACAUUCCGUUCGUAGUAAUACGUCCAGAAAACGAAGCUAGUCAAAGUUUAUACAAAAAAUUAGGCUUCCAUAAGUUAUAUCAAACGGUAAGAGCGACAAUGACUCCACAUGGAUGGGAAGAAGAGGCGGUGGGAAUAGUCGAAGAACUGGACCAAGUACAAAAAAAUGAUAGUGAUUGUGAAAAAUUUGAUAAUAUUGUACGUAAAUUGAGAAUCGAAGAGCGUGUUAUUGAUGCAUUUACUAGUGAAAAUGACGAACAAACUGUUGUACCGACUGUUGGUCAAGACGAUGAUGACAACACGAUACUCGAUACGUCUGAGUCACCCAAAGAUGACGAUGAUAAUGAAUUAGAAGGUGAAAAUGGUUAUGGAAAAUGUCACGAUGAAAUUCUUGAACCGAUUGAUGAAAAUGUUGAAGAUAAAAUUACGGAUGAAUGUGAUAGUGGUUAAAAUAACUUUUUUUUUAUUUUAAAUGAUGAAAAAUCUUCAAACUUCUUUACCGACGUCAAAAUCUGCUUUACUGACUUCAAAAUCUGCUUUACCAAUUUUUUGAAAUCUGCUUUAUCGGUAAUAGAAAAAAAUCACCAGACAAUUUUGAUUACCGAUAGUUCGAUCUGCUUUCACUUGUCCCACAAACCUGCUUUUUUUUUUACAGAAAUCUGCUUUCGUCUUACCAACGGAUUUUUUUUCCAUUUUAUUAAAACUACUAAAUAUUUUUAUAAAAAAAAAAACUAAAAGUAAUUUGUAAAAAAAAAAUAAUAAUAAUAAAGAAUUUUUGGGGAUUUGAUAACUAUAUCGACAGAACGUAGGGAAUUUUUUUAUAUAUAGAUAUAAAGAAGUAAAGAAUAAAUAUAAAAUAAUAAAAAUUAAAUUACAGAUAAUUUUUUUACUUGAGUAAUUAGUUUAAAUUUUUUAAAUAAAAAAAUUCUGUUUUACCGGCCGUAAGUUCUGUUUUAUCGGCACUUCUUUAUUAUCAAGUAUUGAUUUAAGUACAAAAAUUAUUUAAGGAAUCUGUUGUACCGCUGGAUUCUAUUAAAAAUAAUCAAAAUUUACAUUACGUAUAUUUUAGCUCUGUCGGUACAAAUAAUAGUUUUUUUAACUUGAAAAUUUGGAAAAAUUUUAAUUACUUAUUUUGUGCUCAUGACGAACAUUUUGAAAAAUUAUCGCUACUUUACCGACGCGUCUUUUUUAUCGACAGUAGUUAAUUUUUUUGUUCAUAAAAAAAAUUGAUUUCAUUAUUUUCAGCCAAUCGGUUAUUUUUGAUUGGCAUCAAAAUUUUUUUUUUACUGACACGGGAUAAUUUUUAGUAAAUUUCAAGUUAAUUGAAAAGAAUACAAAAAUUUACUGGAAUUAAUAUAAAAAUAACUCAAAAAAAUUACGAUUUGUUUUAUCGAAACUCAAAUCUACUGUACCGGCAUAUUAAUUAACUAAUUUUCUAAUUAAAAUCUUGCCGCGUUUUUAAAAGAAUAAUUUUUUAAAUUUAAAUAAUUCUUAUAUUUAAUUUGUAAUUUUUUAUCGGCGUUCUACGCUACCGGCAACAAGAAUCUGUUUUACCGACACUGCAAAUUAUAUUAUUUUUUAUUGUUUUUUAUAAUUAUAUUUUUAUCAAUAAAUGUUUUAUCAGUAUUGUCUGCAUUACCGGCCGCCUGUUUUACCGACUGUCGAUUUUUUUAUUAUCACGAGAUUCUGGUACAAUUAAAUAGUAAAAUUGAUCUCAUAUCAUAUUUUUUAUUUUAAUAAAUAGGAUAAUAAAAAAAAAUUGAAAGUAAAUAGCGUAAUUUUUUUUUUUACUU